UGUCGCUAUUCUUGAUUCUCGAGCGCGGUGUCUUGAUACACCUGACCCUCUUCUCUCUCUCUCUUCAGCAAAACCCUAUUUCUUUCGGCAGCAGCAGAAGAAGAAGCAGAAGAGAUGUGGAGAAAGGGAAAGAGAAAGAGCGAAGAGGAGCGGUUUGCCGGCGAUGGAGAAUCCAAGCCUCCCAAUAAAUUUUUCAAGAAAGAUGAUCUUGACGCCGACGAUAUCACUAUCUGCGACAUAUCGAAGAAUCGGAGGGUUUCAGUCCGAACUUUUCAGGGGAAGGUCAUGGUCGACAUCCGCGAGUUUUACAUGAAAGAUGGGAAACAAAUGCCUGGAAAGAAAGGGAUCUCACUUGGUCUGGAUCAGUGGAAUAUACUGCGGGAUCAUCUGGAUGAGAUUGACAAGGCGGUUGCUGAAAAUGCAUAGGUUGCAGUAGAGAAGGUUGGUGUAGAUAGUACCCGAAAAAAUAGACAUUCUGCAUUUUGUGGGGAGUGCCUGGAUGGAUGGCUUCAAGGUUGAUCAUGUGGAUUUUUUUUGCAUAGGAGGUGAUGCAUGAUUGAAAACCGUUUAACUAGUUGUCAGAUGUGCAAUGCCUCAUGCUGUGGAUGUAAAGGAUUCCUUUUGAAUGAUAGUAGGGCAGCACAUCAUGUGAUGUGGGUUUUGUUUUGUAUGGAAGCAGUUAGCUGCUUUAUGAAGGAGCCGUCACUGCUUGUGUUCUUCUGUA